UCAUCGUUGCCGCCAAAAGUGACGGCACGAGGAAAAUUUUCACUUCUGUUAGCCAUUUUCGUAUCGAGUUGCGUACUGCGUAGAAGCAGAAAGUUUGUAUUUGUACUGAAAACUAAAUGUUUGAAGUGUUCCGUUUUGCUAAAUAUUGUUGAUUUUUGGAAUCAGGAGCGUAGGAUCAUGUAGGUAUACAUGUAGUUUAGAGUGGCUCGUUAUUAACUUUUGUAUUUUAGUAUCAGGCAAAAACGCUGAUAUUGGAUUGACCAUCUCUGUUGAACAGAGCGCUAAAAGUAGCAAAUCGGACUCUUUGCUCUCGAUACGAGGUUGAACUGAGUUGUAUUAGGGCCGGAAUAGCUAGGGUCACUGAUUUGUAAGUUCUAACCUAUAAAACCAUUUUGAACCAUGUUUGUAACAACUUAUCAUUUGUUCCGUAGAAUUGAAGCAUCACUACAAAACUAUAAAUAUAGUCUGCUAUCAGUACCAGUGCAUCGCUUUUCAUUUGCCGCCCUAUCACAACAUUCUUCAAUUAAAUCAAAUUGAAGUCGAAAUUCGUCGAGCAACUGGGAAUCGUCGAAAUUAACUUUACGUUCGAGGUUCGCCAACAAAGAUGGAACGAGAAUUUCAACCCAAGACCGGAACUGGUCCGGAAGCUGACAACGACACCACUAUUGUCGAUCAAAACUCCAGCUGCGUGGCUUGCAGCAAACCAGACAGCUUUGACGAUAUGGUUGCCUGCGACUUGUGUGAUUCCUGGUGGCAUCAGUGUUGCGCGGGAGUAACCAAGUCAAUUAAGGACCGUGAUUGGACAUGCCCCAGAUGUUUGCCGGUUCCAAGUCGAGCAAACUCGAUUAGAUCCACUUCGUGGACUGGGUGUCCAGCAGAACGAGCAACGUUUCGGAAAGGCUCGAAGGAGCUGUUGGUGGUGUCGACGAGGGGCGUACCGACGCCCAGCCGAUUGAAGCUGAACAGAUUCAGCAAGUAAAUAGUGUUGUUCGCGAGCUCAAUAGCAAGGUGGCAAACUGCCAGAAGGAGCCGGAUCCAUUGUAUGCGAACUGGAAAGUUAUCCUGAAGGCGUGCCAAAUUCAAAAUAACGCUUCAGUGAGUGGCACACCCUACACAGGCACAGUGCCAAAAAGCACCCGAAUGCUGGCUCCGCCGAUUGCUCCCCGUACAUUCGAGCAGUAUGAGCGUCGAGAAGAAAAUGUCUUUCCUGACAGCACGGAAUAUUCUAUGCAGAACCAAUGUAGUUAUCGGAAACAUCCGCAGGUGGAACCCGGAUAUAACGCACCGGUGCCGCAACACAUAGCACCCGAACGUGAUGUAAUGCCAAGCAAUUUGACACCCUCGCCACAGGCAGGCUUGUCUGGCAAUCGAAUUCAACAUUCGUCAAUUGUUUUGAGCACACCAUCGGCAUCGCAGAUUGCUGCCAGGCAGGCACUUUCGCGAGACCUCCCAAUAUUUUCCGGCAAUCCAGCUGAUUGGCCGGUGUUUAUCGCCAACUACAAUUAUACCACAGAGGCGUGUGGAUUCAACUGUGGAGAAAAUAUGAUCCGCUUACAGCGUUGUCUGAAAGGUCCUGCGUACGAGGCAGUCAGAAGCAAGCUGGUCAUACCGUCAUUGGUUCCUGCGGUUAUCGACGCGUUAGAGAUGCGGUUUGGGCGUCCCGAAUUGUUGAUCGAGACUUUCAUCAACAAUGUGAAAUCUACGACGCCACCCAGAGCGGAUCGUUUGGAAACCCUAAUAGAUUUUGGGGAGAAGGUGCAGACUCUUUGCGACCACAUAAUUGCUGCCGAUCUGACUGAUCAUUUGGCCAACCCGCAAUUGAUGAAGGAUCUAGUUGAAAAAUUGCCCCCUGACUACAGAAUGAAGUGGGCCGAAUUCCGUGAGCCACUGUCGAAAGUAAAUUUGCAAACGUUCCGAGAAUUUAUGAAUCGGAUUGUCAAGAAUGCUUACCGUGUAACUGGUGCAAGGUCGUUUGUUGAAGAGAUGAAAUCGGUGAAGCGCGACCGAGGAAAGAAUCUAAACUACAGCUUCAUACAUUCCAAAACCGGGGGGAGUGACUCCGGCCAGUCAGCCAAAGUCUCAGCCGAUGAGCGGAAGCCAAUUGAAUGUGCCGUUUGUGGGAAAAUUAAUCAUCGAGCCAGGGAGUGCGAAGCAUUCCAAGCGCUGUCCGUAGAUGAACGCUGGACACGUGUACGGAAUCUUGGACUCUGUCGUACGUGCCUUUACGGACAUGGACGUCGCCGAUGCAGGAGUACAAAACGCUGCGGAAUCAAUGGCUGUGAGAAACGGCAUCAUCCGUCGCUGCACUCCGACCGGAAAUCACAAGAUGCAGCUACGACGACGGUGGCGUCGCUGCAUGCUGCUAUGAACCACCAAACUGAUGGUGCUGAUCCAACAUUAUUCUUCAGAAUUUUACCUGUGACGGUCUAUCAAGGUCAACAUUCUAUCGACACAUUCGCCUUUGUCGAUGAGGGGUCGGCACUUAGUAUGAUGGAUACCGAGCUAGCUGAUAAGCUUGGACUUCGAGGACGAAAGCAACCACUUUGCCUUACGUGGACGGCACAAGUAUCCAGAACUGAACAAAACUCCCGAAGAGUGUCAUUUGAAAUUUCUGGUCUGGGUAAACCGAAAAGGUUCCGAAUGACAAAUGUUUGCACCGUUGAUUCAUUGGGCCUGCCAGUGCAAAGUUUGCCCAUCAGCGACUUGCAAGAACGAUAUCAAUACCUUCGAGGGAUUCCGGUUUCUGGCUACCAGAAUGCAGUGCCCCAGAUAUUGAUUGGCGUGGACCAUCUGAGACUGGUCGUGCCUCUCAGAGUUCGAGAAAGAGGUCAGCAAGAACCAACUGCAGUUAAAACUCGUCUCGGUUGGAAUAUUUACGGAGGACAAGGAAAUUCGAAGCUUUUCGCUUUGAAUCUGCAUCUGUGCAAAUUUAGUUGCAGCACGAAUUUUCAAAAUUCAAUUGAAGGGUACUCUGCUAUCGAAGAAGCAAAAGCAGAAGUUAAGCCCACAUUGCAUCAUGUGUCAGACCAAGAUGCCCCUGCAGUGUCUUUCUUGAAAGCCACAACUGUCCGUGUGAACGAUCCAUUGUUGGAGGCUAGCGUUGGAGAACAAGUCGACGAACAAGUAAGAAGAAGUCAUGCGCAUAGCGCUACCGUAGCCGAGCUGACAAUAGCAGAUCCGCGGAAGAUGCUAUAUCUGCCACUCAAACUUGUGGCCAAUCUGAGGAAGCCGAUGAAAAUCCGCCAGCCUUGGGCAGCUGCCGCUCCAGUGGAUGAUAUCGUCCCGAAUACCAUGCUUUUCGAGGGCUCAGAACUCCUGACAUCACUGCUGGCGAUCUUAUUGCGUCUCCGGCAUCAUGUAGUUGGUGUGAGUGAUUAUACGCAAAAGAGAUGUCAACAAGUUAAUAUUCGCAAUGAAAAUCGAGAUGUCCAACGAUUUUUCUGGCGUAAGGAUCCGACCAGGGAACCAGAAGCGCGUUUAAUAGAUGUGAUUGUUCCUAAAUAUUGCGACAAAAUCCUUGCUGGCAAUUUUCUGACCGUUGAGGAGCUAAAGCUGAUUUCUGCUAAGAUGACGGAAGUGCACCGAAGUGGCAGCGCCCAGCCGCGAAACGUUAGCUCCAAUAGUACGGCAGAAAAGGAUCAUCAUGAUGAACGACCUAAGACGACAACUUAUGUCAGUGAAAACGAAGCGGCUACACCAGUACGAAUUUUAGUGGAAGAGACGAAAUGUGAAACCGUCACUUUGUUCUCCAAGCCGAAAGAGAAUAUUUUGAACCGGGUGCAAGACAGUCCGAAAUCAACUAUUCGAGAGACCAUUAGAUGUGCGACGUUGCUUUUCGAGGUUCUUCGCACACUUUCUCUACGUAUUGUUCGAGGAGAGGUUCUUAGCCGAAAAUGGUGGUGGUCAGGCGAAGGAUGGAAAGAAGAAAGAAGCGAUGGUAGCUUCAAUCAUUGGCGAAAGUGGCUCCAAACUUUGUUGGACGUGCGACGGGCUACGAUACCGGAAGAAUGUACCCACGAUCUCCUGAAACGAGCAUGGACUAAGGUGAAAAAGAAAUUCGAGCAGUUCUGGCGAAGGUGGGUUUUGGAGUACCUGCCAACACUAACCAAACGUACUAAGUGGUUCAAUGAAACGAGAGAUAUUGCGGUAGGAGAUGUGGUACUCAUAUUCAAUGAAGGAAAGCGGAAUUCCUGGGAGCGAGGAUUGAUCGUAGAACUCAUCGCUGCAUCGGAUGGACGGAUUCGACAAGCCUGGUUUCGAACGGGCAAUGGUGUAUAUCGGAAGCCGAUUGCUAAGCUAGCAAUCCUUGAAGUGUCGUCUCGAGAAAAUGGUUCCAGAGAGUUGCCUGACUGCGAAGGUGGCUCCAUAGUGAGCAACGAUGAAGGCGUGAACGAGGAUUCCGGAAGUGAUGAAACCGAGGCCAGCCGUAGGUUCCAUCGGGGGGAGAAUGUUGGAAAACUGGCCACCGUGCCAGUCCGCGGUUUUUGCAAAAGUCGCUGAGAAAUAACAGCGAAAACUAAACGUCAUCGUUGCCGCCAAAAGUGACGGCACGAGGAAAAUUUUCACUUCUGUUAGCCAUUUUCGUAUCGAGUUGCGUACUGCGUAGAAGCAGAAAGUUUGUAUUUGUACUGAAAACUAAAUGUUUGAAGUGUUCCGUUUUGCUAAAUAUUGUUGAUUUUUGGAAUCAGGAGCGUAGGAUCAUGUAGGUAUACAUGUAGUUUAGAGUGGCUCGUUAUUAACUUUUGUAUUUUAGUAUCAGGCAAAAACGCUGAUAUUGGAUUGACCAUCUCUGUUGAACAGAGCGCUAAAAGUAGUAAAUCGGUAAUAUUUGUUAAUUUUAUUCUAUAACGCCACAAAUUACCCAGAAUAUUGUCCACAGGACUCUUUGCUCUCGAUACGAGGUUGAACUGAGUUGUAUUAGGGCCGGAAUAGCUAGGGUCACUGAUUUGUAAGUUCUAACCUAUAAAACCAUUUUGAACCAUGUUUGUAACAACUUAUCAUUUGUUCCGUAGAAUUGAAGCAUCACUACAAAACUAUAAAUAUAGUCUGCUAUCAGUACCAGUGCAUCGCUUUUCAUUUGCCGCCCUAUCACAACACAGUAUCAAAUUGAUUAUCUCUGUAUGAUGAUCAUGGUCGUCCAUUCGGGAAAACCCAACGCGUCCAGGUGAAAGAAUAAUUAAAACUCGAUUUGCAUUGAUUGCAGUUUAUCUAUACAUCAGCGAGCACCGGCAAUAAAAACAAGAGAGCCCAUUUUCGAAGCAACGCUAAUUUGAAUUUCCUUCUUUUUUAAUUUCUU